UGAGCACAUUUGUCCAAAGAAUUCAAAUUUCUUGAUCUGCCUGUAGCGAGAGCUGGAGAUGGGGACGCACCACAUUUAUGACCUCUCACAUGCAUGCAUUCAAUGCCUCAUCCAUUUAAUACCCCCCAGCAAAACCCUAAUUGCAAGGUCAGGGACAACAGAAAGGCCUGGAAAGGUGCGCUCCUUAACGAGAGGGAGAAAGGGGUCAAGCCAAAGGAAAUAAGCGAGACGAUGAGAGCGUGGAAAGAAUUGGGUGUGGUUGACACCAUCUAUGAAGAUGAUCAAGAAGAAGAAGAAGAAGAAGUAAUUGAAGAAGAAGAAGGAGGAGAAGAAGAGGAUGAAGAAAAAAAACAUAAAGAUUGCUUCAACUCCGUCUCACCGAAUCUCUCUGCCACCACCACUCCAACUCCUCUCUCCUCUUCAUCUCCAUCAUUGCCAUCUCCACCUUCUCUCCAAAGCAGAGUAGAGGCUUGGUCGCGGGCCACAGGAUGUAAGACGGACGUGGUCAUCCGUGUUCAUGAUCAAUGCUUCCAUCUUCACAGGGAUCUACUGAUAAUGCGAAGCGGUUACCUAAGACGGCAACUAACGGAAUCCUCCGACAUCAUCGUCACCCUGCCGUCAGGGAUAACGGCGGAGGCAUUCGCGGACGCGGCCUGCUACUGCUACGGCGCGGACGUCGUCAUAACGCCGUUCAACCUCGCGGCCCUUCGGGUGGCGGCGGAGUGGCUGGAGAUGGGGGGUGACGGCGGCCUGCUUCGGCGGACGGAGGCGUACUUCUUCGAUGAGGUGGCAGCCGAUGCCGGGAAAGCGGCGGCGGUGCUCCGGUCGUCGGCGGCGCUGCUCGCCCAGGGGACGGAGGCGGCGGCGGCGCUGGCGGAGAUGUGCAUUGAGGUGCUAGCGGGGUCCGACGGCGGCUGCGGCGGCGCGUGGCUGGACGACGUGGCGGCGCUUUCUGCCGAGGAGUUUCGGAUGGUCGCCGAGGCGAUGCGUGUGCGGUUUGCCCAUGACCACGAUCUUCUCUAUAACAUCGUAGACCACUACCUCCAGAACCACAACGGCAAGUUAACGGAGGAAGAGAAGACUAUGAUAUGCUACACAGUGAAUUGCACCAGGCUCUCCCUGCCCAUCCUCAUGCACCUCGUCCAGAACCCCCGCCUCCCCCUCCGUUUCGUUGUCCAGGCCAUGCUCAUCGACCAGCUCCAAACCCGCAGCUCCAUCGCCACCACCUCCGCCACCACCGCCGCCACCAUGAAGCCCCUCAACAACCGCCACGGCAGCGAGAACCUGACCCUCGGCUCGAUCCUCCACCGCGACGCAGUCCUCCGGCAGUCGGCCCAGCUGCGCGCCACCAUGGAGGCCACCAGCUUCCGGAUCCAGAGCCUGGAGCGGGACGUCGCCGGCCUCCGGGAGAGGCUGAGGUGGUCCGAGGAGAAGCGGGCCGAGAGGGAGCCGGUCCGGUCGGCGAGCUUUCGCAUUGUCCGGCGCGAGGGGAUGGAUGGGCCGGCGGCGGAGGCGGUCAGGCCUUCGGGGAAGUCAUGCAGUGGGAAUUCUUCGAGGAGUGGGAGAGGGUUCGGCCGGAGAUUGAUGCAUGGGCUGAAGAGCAUGUUUCGGAGGCCUGGCGGUGAGAGUGAGGAGGUGGUGGUUGCGGAGGAGAAGCGGCGGGGCCACCGGAGGAAUUGCUCUGCCUGAUAUACUAACACUGAUACUGUUUUUCUUUUUCUUCUCUUUUUUUUUUUUUAAAUUUUUGUCUUCCAUUUGUUUGAAACUGAAAGGUCACGUUAAAUUUUCUGCUGCUUUAAAUAA